AUGAGAAAUAUUUUUCUUACAUCAAUAUUUAUUUCUUUUAUUAUUUCUACUUCAGGAUUAUCUUGUGAUUCAUCAUCAUAUAAUGAAGUUAAAUCAUGUUAUAGCUCAUUUUUAAAAUUUUAUAAUUUUACUAUUGGUAGUAAUAAUACAUUACCAAAUUAUGAAUAUUUUGCUAUAAGAAGAGGUGAAUUUGAGGUUGGAAAAACUACAGAUCACAUGAGAAAAGUAUGUAGUAUUCAAAAUACUUUAACAUCUUGUCUUGGUUCAGCUAUCUCAUGCAUUAAUAGUAAUGAUAUGGCUAAAAUUUUUUAUUUUUCUGAUGAAGAUAAUUUAAUGUAUACUUCAGAUUAUUUUGUUGCCAAUUAUGAAUGUACUACUGCUUUUAAUAUAACUAUUGGACAAUUUAAUUGUAUAUCAACAAUUGGUUCUAUUGGUGAAUCUGCACUAAGUGAUUGUGUUGAUAAAUUAAUGUCAAAUAUAAAAAAAGAAGGAACAUGUAAAGCUCAGAUAGACUAUACAGCAUGCCUUACAAAUGUUUAUCAGUCAUAUUGUGGCACAGAUGUUGGUAAUUAUAUUUGUAAUAUACAAAGAAUUAGCCUAACAUAUGAAUUGCCACAAUGUACAAAUCAAUUACCUAAAUGUUAA